AUGGCAGAGAUCUUUGAAGAGAUCCCUGAAGACCUCAGCGACGAUGAGCUGCUUCUGAAGUCAUCCUCUGCCCUUAUUGUGGCUCGCGAGGGUGACCCCUCAGAUCCCAAGCUGGCAGUAGCUCACGCUACUGCAGUGCACGUCCAAGCGAGAGGAUGGUCCAUUAUGGCGGUCCUCAUGGCAGAGGAGAAGAUCCCAGACUUUGCCACAUUUGAGCCUUGGCUCAAAGAGAAGUGCGAAUACCUAGAGGAUCUGAAGAAGAGAUCAAUGGUCAAAGAGGAAGAGACGUUGGAGAUGGAAUAUGUACAGGAGCUCAUGAUGUUGAUAAAAUGGCUGAACCAGGAAUUAAACCUGGGACCUCUGACUUGGAUCGUCCAGUGCUCUAACUACUGA